AUGUGUGUAUUGUUUAGCAAGGAGCCAAGCUACCUAGAGCACACCCAGGACCUGGGAGAGACACAUCUUGGUGGAGUGGAACAAGUUGUCAUUACCACAGUAAAGGCUGAUGGUGCUGAAUUCCAGACAAGCAACAAACCUGCACACAUAGAUCAGGCUGUCAUCAAAUGGAACAAGCCCAUACUUCUCAUGUAUGCCUCAUUUGAACUGGGUCCCAUGCUCUGUCAUGGAGAAAUCCUCUGCACAUUCCAGAUCUCCAUCCAAGAAUUACUGGCUCACAGUGACAAUUUACAUUCCAUAAUCUUUCAGCCCAAGCAGGGUGAAGUUGUAUCCUCAUGUACUUCACUGUUCAUGACACUGGAGCAGCAACUUUCUGAUGAACACAACACCACAGUUCUUUGCCCCCUGACUACUUGCAGGAUGCAGAAUAGUAGGGAUCUCAACCAAUCUAUAAAGCACUUUGAACACACUAUGGAUCUCUGCCUCAUGGACUAUCCCUACUGCCCUGCAGUGCUGUUCAAUCUAGGCAUUGCAAAGUUUGUUAGUUGCCAAGCUGACAGAAGAUACCUCAACCUCAACUUCUCUAUCAAUCUGUUUCAAGAUGCCCUUAACUUGUGUCCCACUGAUCAUCCAGACCAAACUGUCACCCAGCUCCAUCUUGCCAUUGCUCUGCUCUUUCACUUCACAAAAUGGGGAUUUCAAAUGGAUGCCAAUGCAGCUGAAGAGUUACUGAGUGAAGUCCUCAAAGUCUGCCAUGCCAACAACCACAUUUAUAGAGCAGCUUUGAUUGCAACCAAAACAUCUGCUGCAAGCAUUGAUGCAAAUGAUCUUGGGCAGGAGUGGCCUGCUGCAUCUAUUCUUCUGUUAUCGCUGAAUCAACUUGUUGAUCGAGUAGAGUGGUGUUUACAGAGAGAUGAACCUCAUGCCUUAGAUGAAGUGAUAUCCCUUCAUUAUGAUGCACUGGGAUACUACAACACUGGGCAUGCUUACCAAGGGGGGUUACUAGGCAAUGGUGGAGACUUGGAUCAGGCCAUCACACUUCACAGAGAAGCACUGGCUUUGUGCCCAGCAAUGGCGAAGACUUGGAUCAGGCUGUCACACUUCACAGGGAAGCACUGA